AUGGAAAGCCAAUUGGAUGUUUUGGAUUCGUCUGACAAUAGCACUGUUCAUGAUGUCAAUACUUCUAGUAAGAUUGGGUUCCCUCUUCCAUUUAUUGAACAAGUUGGAAAUGCGAUUCUUGCGAUCUACAUUCCGCUGGUUUUUAUGCUUGUGUUGGGUAAGUCACCAUUCACGAAGAAGUCUGUUUGCCGGCCGUACCUUUUACGCUAUCAGCGAUUCCAGUACGCAUACUUUGCUCUUGCUAUCUUAUACCCUUACUAUAAAGCGCUUUACGAUUCAACCUCUCCACCGUAUCGUAAAUUUACAGUUAUUAUGCUACCAAUAUGGAAAUUUGGGGCCAAAUAUUUCGUAUUGAGUGCCACACGUGAAUUGGAAGACCUAAUGCCGCAAAUUUUGAGUUUUACGGUGGAUCUAUACAGCACACUUUUCAUGUCUGUUUGCAUGUCAAGUGCCGGAUCUUUGCUCCUGUCUGCAUCAUUUAUUGUAGCCGAUUUGGGACUAACAUUAUUGGAAUUCCGCGAAUUACGAGCCAACGCAUUUGCUGUAGUUCAACUACUCAAUCAACAACGUUUGUCCCAAGGUUAUUUGCAGCCUGCAUUAUCGACUGAGACGCCAGAUUUGCUUGCAAUGAUUCUUGCAGUGUCGCGAGAUCCUCGUGCAAGCAAUGUAGUCUCAAUGCGCGGUGUGCGAUUGCAUGCAUGUCUUCCACAUCCUCUUCCAGAAGACCGGGCUAUCCAACUUCAAGUUCUGGCAGCAUCAGGGUCAUAUCGUCAAAAUGUCACGAACAACACACGAUUGGCUCGACAGCGCAAUCUCAUGUCUCGUUCUUUUCGUAAAACAUCGAUUCAGCCGAUUGAACCAAACUUCGAGAGUGUUGCAACGAAACAAUCUGCACAAAAAGCUGCUCAUUGCUCUGGCGUCUCUGAUUCAAAAACAACAAAGGGAAUACGAUCGGAACAGCUUGUGCUUCAAGGACUCCAAUUGUUAUUUCAUUGUGAAUAUUUGGCACUAGUGGAAUACAUUGAAUGUGUCGUCCCCACUGUAUAUGCCGUGUACAAGUCAUCGCUCGAGCUGCUUCCAAAUAUCGUUUACUAUCCUGGUGGUCCUGGCAAUUGGGGUACCUUUGCUAUAUCCAACAUCGUGCUGUUCGCUCUAAUGGAAAUUGGGUCAUUUCUCUUUUUUUAUCAUUUUAUACAUCGCAAGUUUAAGGUCUCGCCUUUGUACCAGGUCGCUUUCGUAUUUGAAACGCAAGUGAAUCAAGUCCAAUCAAUGUUAUAUAUUUCGCUAGUUCUUCUACUAUCGUACGAGCUCGCUCAUCACGGGGUCGACUUCACUUUCCAGUUCAAUUGGAUCCGAUAA